AGCAAAACCCUGUUAGUCAGAUUCUAGGGUUUUACAGUUGAUGCUCUGAGAGCAGACAAGUUCUUGACCUUCUCUGUAACUCAAAAGUAAAGCAGCCUUUUCUUAUUCUCUUAAACAAAUCCCACUUCAACAUUUGAACAAUUCAAUUAACUCUAUAUAAAUAAACACGUAAGCAUUUGAUUUGAUUAAAAUGACCAGCACUUUCUUCCAUUAAAUGCAGCAUUUUUCAUACAAUUUCUGGUAUUGGUCGUGCAGAGUUUGAUUGCAAAAUGGGCAUUGCAACUUUCAAUUCCAUUUGUUUCACACGAGGGUUUUUGUGGAAGGAUGAAGCUGAGAGUUCAAGGGCAUUGAAGAGAUAUGAGAAACCAAAGAGGCUUUACGUAAGAGGGUCUGCAACUUUAUCAACAAAAAGCUUACAAACGGAGGAGGGGAAGUCUCAGAAAUCUGAAAAGCAAGUUCGCAUUGGGCUUCUGGGUGCCAGUGGUUACACUGGUGCUGAGAUUGUUCGACUCCUUGCAAACCAUCCAUAUUUUAAUAUUACCCUGAUGACUGCUGAUCGAAAAGCUGGUCAAUCAAUUGGAUCGGUCUUUCCUCAUUUGAUAUCACAAAAUCUACCAACUAUGGUUUCCAUCAAGGAUGCAGAUUUUUCUAAUGUUGAUGCUGUGUUUUGUUGUUUGCCUCAUGGAACCACGCAGGAAAUCAUUAAAGGCCUUCCAAAGAGUUUGAAGAUCGUUGAUCUUUCUGCGGACUUUAGGCUGCGUGAUAUUUCUGAGUAUGAAGAAUGGUAUGGUCAACCACAUAUUGCACAAGAUUUGCAGAAAGAGGCUGUAUAUGGUUUGACGGAAAUUUUGAGGGAGGAUAUAAAAAUUGCACGUCUAGUUGCUAACCCUGGUUGUUAUCCGACAUCAAUACAACUCCCUCUUGUUCCACUGAUUAAGGCUAAUCUGAUUCAAUAUAGAAAUAUAAUUAUUGACUCAAAAUCUGGUGUGAGUGGAGCAGGACGUGGUGCCAAGGAGGCAAAUUUGUACUCAGAAAUAGCUGAAGGCAUUUAUUCUUAUGGUGUUACAAAACAUCGUCAUGUCCCUGAAAUUGAACAAGGACUAUCAGAUGCUGCACAUACAAAAAUAACUGUCAGUUUCACCCCACAUCUAAUGCCAAUGAUUCGUGGUAUGCAAUCAACUAUAUAUGUGGAAAUGGCUCCAGGAGUGACAGUUGAGGACUUAUACCAGCAAUUAAAGUUUUUCUAUAAGGACGAAGAAUUUGUGAAGUUGUUGGAGAAGGGAGUUGUUCCUCAUACUCAUAAUGUUCGAGGGUCUAAUUAUUGUUUAAUGAAUGUCUUCCCAGACCGAAUUCCUGGAAGAGCAAUAAUUAUAUCUGUUAUCGAUAAUCUUGUAAAGGGAGCUUCUGGUCAAGCACUGCAAAAUCUUAACAUAAUGCUGGGAUUUUCGGAAAAAACAGGGCUUCUUUACCAGCCCUUGUUUCCUUGACACCUUAUUGCUAUAUAUACGCCAGAAACCAUAUCAUGAAUUAUAUUUUCAGAGCUCUCGGAUGAGUGUAUUGUCAGAGAAAAGUGGUUUUAGGACUCUGUAUCAUAUAACUGGAAGAAUAAGCUGAUAAAUGCUCCUCUUUGAUGGUAAUUUAUCUUGUAAUAAGGUUUAUGGGGUGAGAUGUUAAUUUAUCAAUGAUGAGGGGUUCCAAUGAAUUUUUAAA